AUGUUUAGGAUACCCUUAUUACCUAAGCCUAUUUCAUUAGUGGCUAUACAUUUGUAUGGAAAUUCGGCUUUGUUAAGGGCUUAUAGCAAAGUUAAUAACGAUACACCAUCAUUUUCUCGAUUCCUGAAGGAUCUCACCACCAACCGUAAUAAAACAAAAGGAAUCAUGAACUUUUUCGAGGAAUAUAAUGUUGUGCUCUUAAUGAAAUUCCCCCCUAAGCUUGAUUAUCCAAAUAGCUUCUCUAUCUCUAUCUCUAUUGGUAGUUUAGUUUUAAUAAUGCUUUGUAGUAUUAGGCAUCGCAAGGGUAUUCUGAAGGAUGUUCCAGUAUUUGUAGGAAACCUACUAUUCCCAUAUGAUUUUGUUGUCAUGGACAUGCCUGAAGAUACCCACGUUCCUAUCAUUUUGGGUAGACCUUGGCUUGCUACUACUGAAGCGGUUAUUGAUGUGAAGAUAGGUAAGCUAACAUUGGAGGUGGGUGAGGAGAAGAUGGUUUUUGAGCUCCAAAAACCCAUGAGAAGUGCUUCAACUAAAAAGUAUCAAUUGGUUAAUGAACUCAAGGAAUGCUUAUAUGCUAUGUUUGAUGCUUGUUUGAGGGUGAUGGAGGAGGUGCACGGGUUUUUUGUUGCUUGGUAG